UCACUUAUUGAUGAUGAAGAUGUUAUUAAUAGUAGUUUUGUUUUUAUUCGGCAAAAUGAUGGGAAAACCACUCUAAAGGAUUAUCAAAAUUUUAUUAACUCAGUACUUUUCCCACAAAUGGAAAUUGCGAUAGAUAAGAAAAUUACAGUGAAAACUUCUCAGAUUUAG